AUGGUACCUCUGCCACCUUUUCCUCGCCUUGCAGUAGAUUCCACUCAGACCAGGUGGCAUCCUCCACCACAUGGAAUGGUGAAAAUUAACUGCGAUGGGGCUACAUUCAGAAAUCAAAAAAAGUCCGGUGUUGGUGUGGUGAUCCAAGACGACAACAGCAUGGUUUUGGUGUCAAUGUCCAAGCAAUUACCACAGCUAUACUCGGCUUUGGAGGUGGAGGCAAUGGCUGCUUCAACAGCACUGUCGUUUGCAUCUCGGCUGGGUUUUCAUUGGGCUAUCUUGGAGUCUGAUUCACUCACAUUGGCCACGACACUGAGGAAUAACAGCACCUUCCUUUCCCUGGAUGGUUUGCUAAUGGAGGAUAUUAAGUUUCAUGCUACUUCUUUUAUUCAAUUACGCUAUUCUCAUGUAAAAAGAGAGGGUAAUAAAGUUGCGCAUAAGCUAGCUAGACAUGCUCUUUAUAUUUUAGAUUUUUCGGUAUGGAUGGAGGAUGUUCCACCACCCUUACUUCCUAUAGUCCUAGAGGACAUUGCUAGAUUUUCUUAA